AUGACCCAGCUCCGCUUACCCAGGCCCAAAGCCCUUGCUUGUCCUAUCCCAGUCCCUCCCAGGGGCCUGGGUGCGGGGGAGGGGUCGUGUAGUCCAGUGGGUCCACGUACGUCCCCCUGGGGCCCUAACCUGGCCCAGCUCCUCGACAGCGUCCUAGGGCUGGGGGCACUGGGGCUGACGAUUCGGACAGUCUUUUCCACGGCUGGCCCAGCCUUGCUGCUGCUGCUCCUGGUCAGUUUCCUGGCCUUCGACCUUCUCCACUGGCCCGCAGACGCCCCCCGGCCACAGCACACACUUCUCACAGGAGGCCGGAGUCAGGGGGCCGGUGAGGGUCCGGGACAGCGGGAGGCUGUCCUCCUACCUACGGCGGCGGUGGUCCCAGGAAGACUCAGCCCCCACGAGGCCCUGCUGCUGCUGCUUCUGGGCCUGGGGUUGUUCCUGGGAGCGCGCGGCGUGCCCGUGGCCCUGCUCGGCCUGGCUUUCUGCCUCCAUCCUUGGAUCUGA